AUGGCCAUAAACAAUCGGAUGUUUCUCAGCGAUGUGAGCGACAUGGACUUGGAUCUUCUCGAGCAGAUCUUACCUCACUGUUUCAAGACGCAUUUGAUCCAUAUAGAGAAGUCCACAAAAGACAGAGAUCUGAGUCCGGUGACUGAUAAGCUGUGGAAGAGUUUCUAUGAGAAGGAGUUUGGAAUUGAAUCCACCGAUUCAGUUUCAGAGAUAAUGAAGGAGUGGAAUCUCAAGUUUAAUUGGUCGGAGUUGUACCAGGAGAAAUCAAAGAGAGUGAAAGAGGCUGAGAAGAAAGAAGAUGACAGGAAACUGAGCCGGCAAGUUAGGGUUUGCAAGAAGGUUCCACCAUCUUCAAGUGAUAAAAGAAACAGGCCAAAGAGCAAGUUGAUGAAGAAAAUUGUUAAGGAGUAUUUACAUGAAAUGUCUGGAGAUGCGAAACAUAUGAGUUAUGGAAAAAGAAGAAAAAGAAAGUUGAUGAGCUAUGAAUAUUCGAGGUGCCAAGGGUGCUUUCGGUGA